AUGGGCUACUUGGCGGAUUUGAAGAUCCCCCGCUGGGUGGUCACCGGCGCGGCCGGCGCGUUGGGCGUUUUGGGCGUGGGGCUGUGGCUGGCUCGGAAAAGGCGCCGGGUGGCGGAGGUGCGGGUACAGGAGCUCCACGUGUACCCGGUGAAGGGAUGCAAGGGGCACAGCCUCAAGAAGGUGAGAGUGACAAGCUGGGGCCUGGAAAACGACAGAGUCUACAUGAUUGUGAAUGACAAGGGGGUGUUUGUCUCCCAGCGGGAGCUCCCGCACAUGGUGCUCAUCCACCCGGACAUGCCCACGGAGCGGGGCAUCAUUCUGCGGGCGGAGGGCUUCGAGCCCUGUGAGGUGAAGCUCGACGCGAGCUCGGCGCCGCAGCAGGUCCAGGUCUGGGAUGACGUGGUGCCGGCCAUCGACCAGGGCCCCGGCGCCGCGGAGUGGCUCUGCCGGGUGCUGCGCAGCCAGAAGCUGCGCUUCGUCAGGAUCGCCAGCACUGCCAAGCGCGCCACAGAUCCCAAGUACGGCCCAGUCGGCGAGACCGCCUUCUCCGACGGCUUCCCUAUCCUCGUCACCUCCAGCGCCUCCAUGGACCUGGUCAAAAGGAAGGUUCUCAGCGCGGGCGGCCCCGCGGUUGGCAUCGACCGCUUCCGGCCCAAUCUGCAUGUCUCGGGCUGCGGGCCCUUCGAGGAGGACGAGAUGCGGGCGCUGGUGCUGGGCGGCUCCGUGAGGCUGCCUUUAGUGAAGCCCUGCUCCCGCUGCACCGUGCCCGGGGUGGACCCGGCCUCGGGCGUGCGCUCUGUGGCCACCGGGGGCGUGCUGACGAAGGUCAUGCGCCAGCACCGCGCGGGGGGCGCGCUGGCGCGGUCCGCGCAGCUCCACAAGGCCUUCUUCAGUGAGGCCAAGCGUGCGGAGGAGGUCUUCUUCGGGCAGAACGCCCAGGUGGUCUUCGAAGGCGCGGGGCGGUGCUAUGUGUCCGUGGGGGACUUUGUGCGGGUGCAGUGGAGCUGCUCGGCGUGGAAGUGGACUUCACGAGAAGACCUUUGCGCCAGCUGGCGAGGGGGCAGCUUGCAGUUUGAGGGCGUCUUAAGAGGCCUCGCCACGGGCUGCAGUGGGGCGGAGGCCCCCCACUUUGCGCUGCAGCAGCUGGUGGGCGAGGGAGGCUUCGAGCAGCUCUGGGGCUCGGAGAUCAACGAGAACCCCCGGCGCUUCAUCUUGAAGAACUGCGCCUGCCGGCACUUGUUCGAGGAUGUGUGCUACAUCAUGGAAGGGGGCGGCCGCUGCGCGCGCCACGGCGGACACUGCUCCGUGCCCAGCGGGGAGGUGGACAUCUUCGUGGGGGGCUUCCCCUGCACACCGUACUCCUUCUGCAACCCCAAGCGCUUCAAGCGGAACUGCUUCACUGAGCCCGCCGCGGUGCCCUUCUUCGAGAUGCGGAAAUUCAUCGCGGAGCGCCGGCCUCGCUUGGUGGUGCUGGAGAACGUGCGGGGCCUGUUGGCGCCCAACCCGGAGACAGACCAUCCCCCCAUCGACUUCAUCCUGCGGGGCAAGAACCCGGAGAACCCGGAGGAUUGCUACCAGGGCACCGCCCCGAACGCGGACUGGGGCCUCAGCCUCAUUGAGGGCUACGGCCUGCGAUGGGACGUGUUGUACUCCUACGACUGGGGCCUGCCGCAGAGCCGGCCCCGCGUUUACAUCGUCAUGGUCCGGGACGACGCCGGUGGGCAGGCAGCGGCCGAGCGAAUCUUCGAGGUGCUCACGGCCAGUUCCGGCCGCCUGCCGCGGGGAUCCUGCAAUGACUUCAUGUUCCCAGAUGGGCACCCGCAUCUUGAGUCGGUGCUGCAGCAGUGGUCCGAGAAGCCCGCGCAGAAGGCCACAGGCCGGCGCGCCUGCACCAAGUUUACGGAGGCGCUCUUCAGGACGAAGCGCCAGGAGCUGGGCCUCGACGCCCAGGAUCGGGCCUACUCCUCCCAGCGCGAGAGCGGCUGGUUCCCGCACGGCACGGAGAAGAUGGUGCAGCAGCUGGACAUCAUCCACGCGAUCGGCGAGCGGCAGGGGCUGGACUUCAAUUUCCUGCUCGCCGACCUCAGUCACGCCAUGGCUGAUGUGCAGCAACUGGUGCGGGGCUUGGAGGAGCGGGUGCCUGAACCCAGGGAGGCCAACGCCUGGCUGAAGGGCCUGGCGCGGCGCAACCGCCCCGGCGCCGCCGCCGACGCGGAGCAGCUGCUCUUGGCGCUGGGAAGGCACCACUGCGACGUCAACGCCUUUCACUUCAGCACCGUGAUCAAUGCCUGCGGCCGCGCAGGCGACUGGCCCCGCGCGGUGGCGCUCAUCCUGCAGAUGAGGGAGUCACAGGUGGAACAAGACACGGUAUGCUACAACAGCGCCAUCAACGCCUGCGCCCGCUGUGACUGCUGGACGUGGGCAUUACGGCUGCUGGACAUGAUCUCGCAGAAUCAGCUGACCCCCGACCUCCUGAGCUUCAACUCGGGCAUCGCGGCCUGCGGGGCGAACUGGCGGUGCGGCCUUGAGAUCCUUUCGGCCUUUGAGGAUGCCCGGGCCCAGCCAGACGUCAUCUCCUGCAACGCGGCCAUGCGCUCCUGUGUGCGGGGCGGCGCCUGGCAGCAGGCCUUGGGCCUCAUGGAGGCGAUGGAGAAGCUGCGGGUGACCCCCGAUGCCAUCACCUGCAGCGUGGCCCUGUCGGGGCUGGCGCAGGCGGACCUGGCCCUGGAGCUGCUGGCCCAGGCGGCGGCGGCGGGGGUGCAGCUGGACUGCCAGGUCUACACCGGCGCCAUGGCCGUGUGCAGUCGGGCCUCGCGGUGGGAGGAGGCCCUGGGCCUCUUUGCCCAGACCGGAAGCGGAGGCCGCCGCAUGAGUCGGGAUGCGGCAGCGUACAAUGCCGCCAUUACGGCGGCGGGGGCGGGGCGAAAGUGGGAGGCCGCCCUCGAUUUGCUGGCGGCCAGUGGCUCGGGCGAUCCCAUCGCCGGCUCUGCGGCGCUCAAGGCGUGCUGCGACGCCUCCCAGUGGCAGGUAGCCGUGGCCUUGCUCGCCCAGCACAUGGAGGACCCUCGGCUCCUGCGUGCCGCCUCCUUCAACACGGUGCUCGCUGCCUGCAGCUGGGAGGCCGCUUUGGCUUUGCUGCAGGAGAUGGAUGCCAGGCGGGUGGAGAAGGACAGCCUCACCUUCUCGACCGCCAGCAUGGUUUGCGAGCAGAGCGGGCGCUGGAGCGAGGCCUUCCAGCUGCUGUCGGCGCGCCUGGGCUCUGAGGGGCGCCUGCGCAGGCGGCCCUUUGCGCCGCGCACGUUGCUGGCACAGCUGGCGCCCGGCGCGGGACGGCGCUCGGAGCUGCGGCGGCUGCUGCGGAGCUGCGCGCGGGAGGCCACGAGCGUGGUGCGGGUCAAUGGGGUGAAGGCGAGCCGCGCGGUGGUGGAGGAGCUGCGGAAGAAGGGGCGCCUGAGUCCGGUGCCGUGGUCUGGCUCCGGAUUCUUCGUGCGUGAUUGUGAGGGGGACAAGGACCUCAGCUGGCUGCAGCUCACCGGGGAGUUGUACUUCCAGGAGGCCACCUCCCAGCUCCCCGCCGAGCUCUUGAAGCGAAUGGCCGAGGGAAGUGAAGGAGGCGCCAGGUCGGAUCCGGGGAAGGCGACCGCCCUAAGCGUCCUGGACCUGUGCGCGGCCCCGGGCAGCAAGAGCACACAGCUGGGCAGUUGGCUCAUGGAGCGGGGCCCAAAGAACCUCCUGGUGGCCAACGAGCCCAAGGAGCCGCGGGCGCGGAAGCUGCAGGCGGCCUUGCUGCGGCUGGGGGUGGUGAACUGCUUGGCCACCGGCGCGGAUGGCCGGGCCUUGGGGGACCUGGCGCCGGAGGCCUUUGACGCGGUGCUGGCGGAUGUGCCCUGCUCCUGCGAGGGGAACGUGCGCAAGGACGCCACCUCCAUGCUCCGCGGAGGGGCGGCAGAUGAGGGGCCGUUGAUGCGCCAGGAGCUGCUGGAGUGCCAGCGGCAGCUGCUGCUCAGCGCCUGGCGCGCCUUGAAACCGGGCGGCUGCUUGGUGUAUUCCACCUGCACCUUCAGCCGCUGGGAGAACGCGGACCAGGUGCAGCUGUUCCUGGCGGCGGUGGACGAUGCCGAGCCCGUGGACGUGGGGGAGGUGCUGGGCUUGGGUCCAGCAGGGCUCUCGGGCUUUCAGAUCCUUCCGCACACCUUCAACGUGGAGGGCUUCUUUGUCAGCUGCUUCCGCAAGAGAAAGCGGGAAGACUCUGAGGGGAAGCAAGAUGUGCAGGAAGGUGGGAUGGCGCUUGCAGCGCGCCGGGGUUUGCGGGUGCUGGGCCCUUCGGAGGCCCAAGAGGUGCAGAGCCUGGCGGAGGAGGUGCUGGGCUUCUGGCCAGGCGAAGGAGGAGACGGUGAGGAGGUUCUAGCGGAGAGCAGCGAGGGGGAGGUGUGGCUUUUGCCCCCGGUCGGCCCCCUGGCCGUUUUGGCGGACGUGGCCCUGGUGCCGGGGCUGCUGGUGGCGCGGCGUGCCGGCGCGGACGGACCCUGGGAGCUCACGGCAGAUCUCGCGCUGCUAGCAGGGACCCGCGGCAAGGUGCGGAGGAGCCGCCAGGAGUGGACGCAGAUGCUGGCGGCCAAGGAGGCCGGGGGCCAGUGGUCGCCCUCCCGCUCCCAGCGCCGGACCCGGAACCUGGCCAUCGCCGAGGUGUCGCGUGGGGCCUGGCGCGAUGAUGGCAACAUCCCGACCCUCACCACGGGGUGCCACUUCUAUAGCUUCAGCCGGCACCGGCUGCUGCUGGGGGAGGAGUGCCUGCGCCUCAACGGCUUCCCCAUCGAGCAGUUGAACCUGGAUGCCCACACGGAGAACGAGCGGGUCUUCUUGGCGGGCAACGCCAUGUCAGUGCCGGUGGUGGGGGCAGUGCUGUUCGCCGCCCUCGUGUCCCUGGACUGGGGCGAGGGCCGCACGGUGAAGGCGAGGCAGGAGCUGCCGGAGCCUGUGGUCGGCCCGCGGGUGGAUUUGAGGAAGCUCGCGGCGGACAAACCGGCGGUGGUCAUGGCGAAGCUGAGCCCUGUGCUGGCGGACGACGACCAGGAGGUGACGGAGGUACCAGCAGACGAGGCCUCGAAGGACGGCGGGCUGGCACGGCGCGCGGCGGUGCUGCUGGCACUGACGCGGGAGCUCAGUGUAGAGCCGAAGCGGGAGAAGGAGAAGAGCGAGAAGGAGUCGAAGGAGGUGGAAUCCAAGGGUCUGGUGGCGGUGAUGCAGGCCGCUUCGGCCCCCGACGUGGAGGAGGAAAGCGGGGCGGGGGACGGCACGGGCUGGGGCCUGCGCCACGCGCGGCUCCUGGCGCGGCUGCGGAAGGAGGAGCCUCUGCCGAGCUCGCAGCUGCAGAAGUGGCUGCGGGAGGCGGUGAGUUUGCUGCUGACCAUGGACCGCGUGGAGCGGAACGAGUCCGCCAACGAGCUCCAGCAGUUCGUGAUCAACGCCCUGCAGGUCUUUCGGGACGUGGACAGCUCCGAGCUGCUUGGGUUGGGGCUGGAGGACACCGUGGCCCAGAUCUGCACACAGCUGCGCAUUGCGGAGGGCAAGGCCAUCUUCGGGCGGCUCACAGUGCAGAAGCUGCAGGCGGAGGUGGAGCAGGGGCUUCCGCCGGAGCGCGUCCAAGCGUGGGUGUCGCAGGCUGCGCAGCUGACCGGCCCAGAGCUCUCUUCAGCACGGGCCCAGUUGCUGGUGCAGCUCGCGCGGAGCCGCCGGAUCCUGGCGAGGGCGCUGGCCCCUCUGCUGCGUGCAUGGCAGCGCGAGUCUGCCGAAGACCAGGAGCUGCAGCACGUGCAAAGGGGAGUGGAAGUCCUGCGGAAGGCCUGGAGCACCGGAGAACCGCCGGAGGCAUGGGUCAGCCUCAAGGAGGUGUACAGCUUGAGCAACUGCUGCACCGACAUCGCCAAGCGCUGCGAGAGCCGGAAGCGGCCCAAGUCGUCGCAGGUCUUCCGGGAGACGGCGCAAAAGCUGCAGGAGGUGUUUCCCUGCCGUGUGGUGCUGGUGCUGCGGCAGCAGCUGGACUUCGCGCAGAUGAUGAGAGAAGCGCGGACCCUGCCGCAGGAUUGGGUGUCUGUGCAAGUGGCCUGGCAGAUGUGCGAGCACCUGGCCAACAUCAUGCAGGUCGACGAGAGUCAGCUGGAGACCUGGCAGCUGGCCCAGGAGAAGCUGCCGUCCCUGCACGGCCUGGGCUACGAGCUGGCGCGUCUCCGGCACCUGGGCCGGGAGGAGGCCCCGGCCGCGGAUGAGUUCCUGCGCAGAUUGGCACCUGCCAUCGCCGUGCAGGUGCACGCCAUCGAGCGUCAAUGCGGUGGAGGAGAGGGCGCCGCACAGUGCCGUGCCUCCAUGGGGCACUUUUGCGACUGGGCCGUGCGAAGGCUGCCGGAGCUGUACCAGGUGGCGUUGCUGGCGUGGUGCGGCGAGCGCGUGGCCCACUUCUCCGGGCACCUGGAGGAGCGCCUCUCUGAGUGGAGCCAGCACCUGAACGGAGUCCUGAAGGGCGUGCAGAAGGUGCUGCAAAUGGAGUUCGAAAACCAAGAGGAUCUGGCCCUGCCACCUGAAAAGCAGAAUGCCAUGAAGGGCCACCACACUGAGGCGGUCAAGGCGCAAGUGCGGCUGCAACACCAUGUGGCCAGGCUCACACUGGUGGAGAGCCGGGCCGGCCGAGCGUCAGCUCUGCAGCACGCCAUGGUGCGGCAGUGGCUCGUGGAGCUGCUGGAUUUCUCGGCGGAGGGUCUGGAGAACCAGGUGCUGGCCAGCCACGCCACCUACAAGGCCCUGGAUCAAGUUCUGCAAGUGCCGGACCUGAAGCCCAUCGUGGAAGCUCUCAAGGAGGCUCCAGUGGUGAUUCAGGGCUGGCGCGUGAGCCAGUCCCGAGCAGGCUUGACCUUCUACCAGACCAGCGAUGCUUCUUGGACGCAGCUGCGCGGGCUGACCCGCUGGACCUUGCCAGUGGCUGUGGUGGACGUGCGGACGGAGAACGUGGUGUGGACGAAUGUACUGAUCAGAGUCGCACUUCAGCCUAAAUGA